AUGGCAGGGUCUAGAGCCGUUAUUGAUACCAAAUAUGCGGAGCAAGAUGAGAAACAGUGGAAGGUGCCAGUUAAAUACAACCUCAACACUGGAAAGCUAUACGAACAGGCUCGCUGGGAGAGUUGGGCCGCGGUGAUCCCCCUUCCCCCGCACAUCAUUGACAGCCUGCAUUCCGCUGUAUACAUCCAAGACACCCUUGAUUCCGCUAACCAAGACGCCAAGGCGCGCCAGGCUUGGCUGAUAUAA